ACUCGUUAGAUUUACCGUAUACUGUUGGGUUGAUCGAAAAGUCCAUAGAGAUGGUUUUUUUUAGCAAAAUUUAAACAAAAAUUUGUAUUACGAAUUUUGCUAAAAAAAUCUACAUGGACUUUCCGGUUAACUCAAUAUGAUACUUAUAAGUUGAUUGUUUUAUUUUUUUAUUUUCUUAGUGCAAAUUAUUGUCAGGCACUACGUUUACGCGAGCGUAUGUUAUUUCUGUAGUAAUUUACUCGAAUUAUAUAAUUAGCGUUAGGCUGGUAUUCAUCUUAAAACAUAUACUUACUCAAAUUAUCGUAACUUGUGAUAAUUUGAGUAAAGUACUACAAAAAUAACGCUUGUGCAAACAUAGUGUCUGUGAUUAACAAUCCCAGCAAACACAAUUAUACAUUAUAUUAUUAUAAUAAAUUGAAAUGUAACAGGUAGUACAACAAAGAGCCUUGGACAUUUUUUGGUCGAUGGAUUAAUAGCCAGUAGAGCAACUUCCUUAUUCCUCAUGGCUCUUCAUUCAGUUGAAAAUAUUUGAUAGAGUUGCGCUUCUGUGCAUAUGUGUAUCACGAGAUUGUACAAGAUAACCUAUAUUUGUCAAUAUUAUUAAAUAUAUAUAUUUUUGGACGAAGUUUACAAGAAAUUUAAAGACAGAAAGAGAAAGAGAGAGAGAGCAAUUUAUUGGUUUUAUUUAAAUCCUUUUACAUUUAUAUAAAUUAUAAAUGUUCAAUAUGCCAUUUCAACGAUGCUAUUCACUUGUAUCAAUGACGCGGCCGGUUGCAACGAAUUUAAUUACACGAUUUAUAUCCAGAAGUCCCAGGCUCGGACAAUGUUUACCAAAGGAUACCGACAAAAGUCAAGACAACAUUAUGAUUCCUGAAUCAAACAUUUUAUCGAAUACGAAAACCGAUGAUGGAGGUUAUACAUUGGAGCCUCACAGUAAUCUAAACAAUAAUGCGAGCGCGACUCCGGUCGCUCGUAUUCAGCAAAUUAUCACCAGUGUGCCCAACGAAGAUUCUCUCGAUGACUCUGAAAUUGAUGAAACAUUGCCGGAGCCUUUAGAUAGGUGCACCGAGGAUAUAUCUGACAUCGGUCCAUAUCUUACUCCGACUUGCACUUUUGCGAAAUACGCAAACAAAUCCCGCACGGUUCAACAGCUAGUGAAGCUCGGUGUCAGCUUGUACAAACUCGAAUCGAAUCCUGAUGUGGUGAAGUUCAUUCUGGGCCUUGACUUUGAACGGGACAUCCAACCAUAUAUAAGGUUCCUGCACGAUUGUGGUGUUCCUGCCAAUUACCUAGGUAAAUUUCUUACAAAGAAUCCUCAUAUCCUGAAAGUAGACAUGGAUGAUCUGCACACAAGGAUAAGAUACCUGAGGGCGCACGAGUUUAGCACGGAUCUGAUAAAGGAUAUAAUCUGCAAUAAUCCCAACUGGCUGCUGUACAGUACAAAGGAUAUAGACGGUCGGCUUGGUUACUUCCAAGCGACUUUCAAACUCAAUGGUUCAGAAGUAAGGUUCUUGACGAGUAAGGCACCCAAGGUGGUAACGUACAAGAUGUCACACCUGAUGAGUAACACAUUGACCAUCAAAGAGGAUAUGGAGUUUGAUCCAAGACAAGCAAAAGUGCUGUUAAUCAAAGUCCCAAAAAUAUGGGUAAAAAAUCGCACAAGAUUGUUAGACACGUUUGAGUAUGCACAUAACGAAAUGCAACUGCAACGUAAUUUUGUCGUGCAAAUGCCUCACAUUUUGCUGUGCAGGAAAACUAGGCUGCAGCAAAGGCAUUCGUUCUUAGUAGAGAUGAAACGGGCGCAGUACGAUCCUACCAAACCGAUGUACGUUUCGCCACGAGAUUUAAUUAGUGGUACGGACGUAGACUUUUGCAAGAAUAUUGCAAAGACAUCUGUCGAGGUUUAUAAUGAGUUUCAAAAACUCUUUUAAUUUUAGUGUAAAGAUAAAUAAAUAUUAACAAACACGCG